CCCCCACACUCCCUGCCCCCCCCACUCUGCGUUCUGCUGUGUCUGUUUCCUUGCGUGUGACCUCGGAACUUCCUGUCUUUGUCGCCGUCUGACCCCACCCCAGAUGGAUGCCCACCCACUCCCCAUGCACCCAGGUGCCUAGAACAGUGCUUGGCUCUGGGCAGGGGCUUGGCAAGUGUUUCUUCGGCUGGCAAAAACAGAUACAGCCUCUAGUGAGAGAAACAAGAACAAAUAAGCAGGAAAGCAUCAGCAGAGACGCCCACUGCAGACGGCACGAUCGAGUGGUCUGAUGAAGCCAGAGGGGUCAGGGACUGACCCACAGGAGGGGCCGUGCCAAGGACUGUGGGUACGAGGCCCUGAUGAAGGGUGGGUCAGGGUGGUGUGCCUGAGAGCCUGCCGCUUGGCUGGGAGCAGAGCCAGGCGGCUCCUCGGAGGAAGCUCCAUAAGGGGCAUGAGUGUUCGGUGGGAUCGCAGCUCUCUCUCUUUCCCUUCCACACGCAGAGAAGAUGAGCCACAGAUCAAGCUGACCCCAGUGAGACUGUAUUUCCCAGACCAACCGUAUUGCCGUUCCUAUCAAAAAAUGGAUGAUUCGGAGACAGGUUUCAAUCUGAAAGUCGUCCUGGUCAGUUUCAAGCAGUGUCUCAAUGAGAAGGAAGAGGUUCUGCUGGACCCCUACAUUGCCAGUUGGAAGGGCCUGGUCAGGUUUCUGAACAGCCUGGGCGCCAUCUUCUCGUUCAUCUCUAAGGACGUGGUCUCCAAGCUGCAGAUCAUGGAGCGCCUCAGGGGCGGCCCGCAGCGCGAGUGCUACUGCACCCUGCAGGCCAUGGUGGCCCAUGAGCUGGGCAGCCAGCUGGUGGACCUGGAGCGGCGCUCCCAGCACCCCGAGUCCGGCUGCCGCACCGUGCUGCGCCUGCACCGUGCCCUGCACUGGCUGCAGCUGUUCCUGGAGAGCCUGCGCACCAGCCCCGAGGACGCGCGCACCUCCGUGCUCUGCACCGACUCCUACAACGCCUCGCUGGCCGCCCACCACCCCUGGAUCGUGCGCCGCGCCGUCACCGUGGCCUUCUGUGCCCUGCCCACACGCAAGGUCUUUCUGGAGGCCAUGAACGUGGGGCCCCCGGAGCAGGCCGUGCAGAUGCUGGGCGAGGCCCUCCCCUUCAUCAGGCGCGUCUAUGAUGUCUCCCAGAAGCUGUACGCCGAGCACUCCCUGCUGAACCUGCCCUAGUGGCAGGAACCCAGGGCCACGCGGGCUUUCCUGCUGCAGAUCUGGGCUGCGAGCCCCACAGCAGAACUUUCUGGGGGCCCCAGGAACAGGAGAUCCGCUGUUGUCCCUGUGAGCCGAGCUUGUUAGGAGCCACAGACUGUGGCAGAGAAGGUGGCACCCAGCCCAAAGAGGCCCGCCCUCCCGGUCCAGAACAGGGCGCCUCAGCCACGGCUCCCCCUCAGCCUGUUGCACACGUGCCCAGCCAGGCCUGGCCGCGUGCAGAAAGUGGAGGGGGUGGGGGUGGGGCUGGGCCUGCAAGAGCCGGAAAGGUCGCCACCUCCCAGCCUGUGGGGCAGAUCUGCAGACUGGGGUGAAGUCACUGGUCCCGGAGUGUGGAGACUCCAUCCUUUCUCUGCCAGCCAGUGUGUCGUCCUCUCAGGUCCUCACUGGCCAGGCCUGGGACCCCUUGUCUGCCCAGGUGGGCAACACUGACUCCAGGCACCUCAGCCCCUUCCAUGCCCAGGCUAGCAGAAAGCCCCCAGCAGUGAGCAGUCUGGGCCCUUGGGGUCUCCCCACCUCUCACUGCCUUGUUUGCCCCUCAGCGUGCCAGGCAGACUGGGGGUGGGACGGCCAGGAGCUGAGAUCAAGGCUCCUCACCGAAGGGCCAGAGAAGGCCUUGCCCUUGGGACAGCCUCCCUGCAGCCCCUGCAGGGUCCCUCCCGAAGCUGCCGUGGGUUUGCACAGCACACCCAAGGCCCCAGGAGCCAGGACUCUGCUACUCCCAACAAAACACUGUGU